GAGCCGAGCCGAGCCGGCCGUGGGGGCCGGGAGACGCCGCAGGCGACGGCGCGGCCUUUGCUGGGGCCGAGCACUGUGGCGGGGCCGCCGCCUUCCGGCCGGUCCCUAGUCAGAGGCUUUGAAAUAGCCAUGGAUAAACGAGGAGGCAUAGCAGAAACUGAAAAUGGGGAUGCUUUCCUUGACUUGAAUAGAGUAACGGCAGCAAAAUACCCUCAUCGUUACACAAAAGAAGAACUCUUGGAUAUUAAGGAACGUCCUUAUUCUAAGCAGAGGCCCUCGUGUCUUUCUGAAAAAUACGACAGUGAUGGAGUUUGGGACCCUGAAAAGUGGCAUGCAUCUCUAUAUCCAAGCUCGGGGCGAACAUCACCAGUGGAAGGGUUCAAAAAAGACUUGGAUUCAGACCGGACUUCUCUCAUGCGCAGGAUAGUAGAUCCUAGGGAGCGAGUAAAGGAAGAUGACUUGGAUGUAGUCUUAAGCCCACAGAGGCGAAGCUUUGGAGGAGGUUGCCAUGUAACUGCAGUUGUUGGCUCACGUCGUGCAGGGAGCCCAUUGGAGAAGGAGAACGAUGGCAUCCGUGUUAUUGGUGGACGUAGGAUUGGCAGUGGGAGAAUCAUCUCUGCUCGUAACUUUGAUAAAGACCACCGAGGUGGUGACAAGGACAUGCGUGAUUCUAGAGAUGCAAGAGACCGAGAUCGUGAAAGGGAUUACAAAGAUAAACGUUUCAGGAGGGAAUUUGGGGAUAGCAAACGUGUCUUUGGAGAACGUAGAAGGAAUGAUUCCUACACUGAAGAGGAGCCUGAAUGGUUCUCUGCUGGACCUACAAGUCAGUCUGAAACGAUUGAGCUCACUGGCUUUGAUGACAAGAUACUGGAGGAAGAUCACAAAGGGAGAAAACGAACAAGGCGACGCACAGCCUCCCUGAAGGAAGGGGUAGAAUGCAAUGGUGGAGUAGCAGAGGAAGAUGAAGUGCAGGCUGUCCUUCCCCAUGAAACUGCAGCAGAUCAGGAAGUUCCUAGAGAAGCUGUACUUCAAGAACCAGCUCCAGGAGAGUUUGACUUUAAUGAGUUCUUUAACUUGGAUAAAAGUGUUCCUGGUUUGGCUUCGAUGAUAGAGGAUGUGCUGGGGGAAGGCUCAGUGUCUGCCAGCAGGUUCAGCAGGUGGUUCUCUAAUCCUAGUCGUUCAGGAAGUCGCUCUAGCAGCCUGAGGUCCACACCUCAUGAAGAACUGGAGAGGCUAGCAGGUCUAGAGCAAGCCAUUCUCUCCCCUGGCCAGAACUCUGGAAACUACUUUGCUCCUAUUCCAUUGGAAGAUCAUUCUGAAAAUAAAGUGGACAUCCUAGAAAUGCUACAGAAAGCCAAAGUGGACUUAAAACCUCUUCUCUCAAGUCUUUCAGCCAACAAGGAAAAGCUUAGAGAGAGCACAAAUUCAGGAGUUGUACUUUCAGUGGAAGAAGUAGAAGCUGGGCUAAAAGGCCUGAAAGUGGACCAGGAAAGAAAAAUUGCUACUCCCUUCAUGGCAGAGCAGAUGGAGGAAGCACUAAAUGUAGCUGGCUCCAGACAGGUCAAGAAAGAUGGAGAUAUGACUGCAUUUAACAAACUUGUCAGCAGCAUGAAGGCAAGUGGGACUCUACCAUCACAACCCAAGGUCAAUCAAAACCUUGAAAGCCACCUGAUGUCUCCUUCUGAGAUCCCAAACCAGCCUCUAUCAAAGAAUAUUCUGCAGGCUCUUCUGGGUCCACCUAUUGCCAGACCUUCAUCCAAUGUUUUAAGUGGCCUGAUAGGUGGCUUGGAACCAGCACCAUCUUUACUGGGACAAAGAGCACCUUCUCCUCCUAUUUCACAGGUUUUUCCCACUAGAGCUGCUUCUGCAGACUAUCUGCGUCACAGGAUUCCUUCACCAAUUGGUUUUGGACCUGGUUCUCAGCAGUUGCUUGGUGAUCCAUUUCAGGGGAUGCGGAAAUCUAUGAGCCCAGUUGCUGCACAGAUGAGUCCACUGGAGUUGCAACAAGCUGCAUUAGAAGGACUAGCACUACCACAUGAUCUGGCCAUGCAGGCAGCAAACUUCUACCAGCCUGGUUUUGGCAAACCACAAAUGGACAAAAGCAGAGAUGGCUACAGGAACAGGCAGCAGCGAGUGACUAAAUCUCCUGCACCAGGCCACAGAGGGAAUGCAUCAUCUCCGGCCCCUUCUGCAUCCAUCACCAGCAUGCUUUCUCCAUCCUUUACACCUACCUCAGUGAUUCGUAAGAUGUAUGAAAGCAAGGAAAAAAGCAAAGAAGAACCAGUUUCUGGGAAACUGAAAGCUGGUGAUAGUAAAGAUGAAGGUCAGAGGACAAAUGAAGAUAACCUACUAUGUAGCUCUGUGGAGAAUGCAGACCAAGAAAUCUUGCCCACGUUGGGUACCAAACUACCUGCACUGCAGCGCUCUGCAUGUUCCACACCUCUUACUCAAACAAACCGUUGCAUGAAAGAACAAGACUACAGGCCUAAAUCAGCGGGCAGAAAGACUCCUACAAUGGCGUCCCCAGUUCCAGGGGCUCCUUUCCUCCGUCCUGUUCACCAGGUACCCCUUGUCCCCCAUGUACCACUUGUGCGACCUGCUCAUCAACUGCAUCCCGGAUUGGUUCAAAGGAUGCUGGCGCAGGGUGUUCAUCCACAUCUUUCUCUGCUGCAAGCAGGUAUGAUUCCACCUGGAGUGGACUUGUCUCACUUGCAGGGAUUAUCUGGUCCCAUCUUGGGUCAGCCUUUUUAUCCAGUACCAACAGCUGGCCAUCACCUGCUAAACCCACGGUCUGGGACACCUCUACAGCUUGCAAUGAUGCAACAGCAACUGCAGCGAUCAGGCUCUGGAGCACAGGGAUCAGCUGUUGGUGUGCAAACCACCCCCCAAAAUGUGCCAUCUCGGACUGGACUGCCUCAUGGACACUCACAGCAUGACCACCGCACCAACCAGAGAAGUAGUUCCCCUAUUGGCCUUGCAAAAUGGUUUGGGUCAGAUGUUUUGCAGCAGCCUCUCCCUUCUAUGCCAUCCAAAGUCAUCAGCGUAGAUGAACUGGAAUACCGGCAGUGAACUCCAAGAGGAUAUUUGCUUGUUUAGAGUGGAUAAAAAUGCCUAGUCAGGAUCUCUUGCAUUUCACCUAGGUUGUUUUGGGUUUUUGUGGGGCUCUUUAUUUUUGGCACUGUGUGCAGAAUUUCUUUUCAAGAGACUAAAGCACAUGGCACCUGUCCUGGUCUCCAUGUCUGCAUCGGGACUAAAGGAUCUAAUAGGGCUUAAAGUGAAGCCUGAAGCAAUGUGGAUGCAAGACAGACAGUUUAAUCCUGGAAGUCUCUUCCUUUUGACUUUUUUUUUUCUUUUUUGUAAGAUAUGUGAAUGAAAUGCUGAAAUCCUCUUAUCUAGAGGUAGCAGCUAAGGGUUCCUCCUACAGAAAAAUGUAUAGACUUUGUGUAUAGACUUGUAUAAACAAUCUUUUGUAUAUACACUUAGGAUAGCUUUUUUUUUUUCUGACCCUAUACAGCUGUACAUAA